GCAGCAGCCAUGGACGUCGACACCCGCCGCCCCGUGCGGCGCGAGAGCGAGCGCGACAUGGCGCGCCUCACGAUGUGGGCGAAGGACGAGAGCUUCUCGCGGCAGGCGGGGGGCUCCGCAUCCGGAGCCGGCGGGGCCGUCACUGGGCUCGGGCGCAAGCCCGCUGGCGCGCGGGGUGCCGGCGCUGGUGCCGGAGCGGGCGGCGUGGGGCGCGGGGCGGCUGGUCGGAGCGGGGAGAGCGGGAGCGGGGGCCCGGCGCGAGGCCCGGUGCGCAAGGCGGCGAGCGGGCUGUCGAUGGUCGCGGAUCGGCGGGGGCGGUUCGGUGGGUGACGUGGCGCGUGGCGCGCUCGUGCGUGGUUGUUGUCCCUGUCGUCGUCGUCGUCGUCGUCAUCGUCGUGCUGGGGACUAUGUGGGCGUCCGUUGCCCCUUGUCAUUUGUGGUGUCGUGGAACUUGCGAUUUGGGAAACCUUCUCACUUCUAUCUAUCCGCCCACUCGUCCGUGUUACGAUUCCUGUCUCUCCCUAUGUACAUCCCAUAUACUGCCCCGUCUCAGACCCUCCGCCCUCCAGACUAUAUUCUCUUCGUUCUACGCUAUCUCCGUGCCCUGUCGCUAUGCACUCUACUCAUACAUACCUUGCUCUCCUCUCGCAUACAGUACACACCUGAUCGUGUAUAUGCUUUCCAUUCAAAUGUAUCAUAUACACACGC